UUUCCUCGGACCGGAGGGAGGGGUAAUGUGCUGCUGAGAGUGUUGUUGUCUGACUGUUGCUGAGGGGGGACCGACAGAAAGACAGAGCUGCCGAGGUCGGUGAAAGUGCUCCUCAGACCGAGACUUCGGCCUCUACUUCCUCCACAGUACCACCCCGAGAGACGUACCGAGACAAAGAGAAAGCGGAUGAUAUAGACAGCAACCUGAGGUCCUCCACCAGAGAAGAAACCAAAUGGGGAAUCUGUUAAAAGUGCUCACUUGCACAGAGCUUGAACAGGGGCCAAACUUUUUCCUUGACUUUGAAAAUGCACAGCCGACAGAAGCAGAGAGUGAGGUGUGGAACCAGGUGAACGCAGUCCUCCAGGACUCGGAGAGCAUCCUGACCGGCCUGCAGGCCUACAAAGGGGCCGGCCAGGAGAUCAGAGAUGCCAUUCAAAACCCAAGUGACCACAGGCUGCAGGAGCGAGCCUGGGACUCUGUCUGCCCGCUGGUCAUCAAACUCAAGAAGUUCUACAGUUUCUCCCUCAGACUAGAGGAGGCUCUGAAGAGUUUGUUGGAGUGCCUGACCUGCCCUCCCCUCACGCCUACUCAGCACCUGGAGAGGGAGCAGGCGCUGGCCAAACAGUUCGCCGAGAUCCUCCACUUCACUCUGCGCUUCGAUGAACUCAAGAUGAGAAUCCCUGCCAUCCAGAACGAUUUCAGCUACUACAGAAGAACCAUCAGUCGAAACCGGAUAAACAACAUGAAUCUGGAUAUCGAGAAUGAAGUCAACAACGAGAUGGCCAACAGGAUGUCUCUGUUCUACGCGGAGGCUACGCCCAUGCUGAAAACACUCAGCACUGCAACCACAAACUUUGUAUCAGAGAACAAGACUCUUCCACUGGAGAACACGACGGAUUGUCUCAGCACCAUGGCCAGCGUCUGUAAGGUCAUGCUGGAGACACCGGAAUAUUCCAGUCGUUUUAGCAGCGAGGACACGGUCUUGUUCUGCAUGAGGGUCAUGGUCGGAGUCAUCAUUCUUUAUGACCACGUCCAUCCCAACGGCGCCUUCACCAAGUCCUCCAAGAUAGAUAUGAAAGGCUGCAUAAAAGUCCUGAAGGACCAGCCAGCAGAAAACGUAGACGGCCUCCUGAAUGCGCUCAAAUUCACCACGAAACACCUGAAUCACGAGUCCACUCCAAAGAACAUCCGGACGAUGCUCCAGUAAUACUUGUUCUUUUUUAUAUAUUAUAAAUAGAUAUGAAGAGGAUCACUGCUCUGACCUCAAAUAAGAUGUAUAUGUUUACAUUAUUUAAAAAAGACUCGAUGUUAAUACUUGUGUGUAUUUGCAUAGUCAUUCCCUCCAAGUUAUUGAAACCUUCAGAAUACGUACUUUCUACUUUGCAAAAAAAAAAGAGUGUCACAUGAAUUGCCUCUACUGUUAACAGCUGUUAAUGAUGGACACCUAUCAGCCUUAUAAUUGAGCUUUGCAAAAGCUGCACUUGGGAAUAAAUGAACGCCACAGAAAAAUGUCCUUCAACAAAUCCUUUCAAUCCUUUAUUUGACAAUGGACUUUUUUAUUAAAAUAACAUGAAUCUUUUCUGACACUGGUUCUUGUUGAAACCACAAAGUUAACAUGUUACAAGUGAAGUGCAAUCAAGUUGUGUUUUCACUUGAUCUUCAAAGGAUGACGACAUAGAAAUGAGUGAGUGUUUAGUCAGCGUUAAGGUGGACGUUCCUGUUGCAGUGAAGGGCUAAAUGUUGAAAGCAGAUAAGGGACUGGUCGGGGGGAUGCAUUGCAGAGCGCAUUUCUGGAGUUUUUUUCUUGUAUUUCUCUUCAAACUCAUCUGUUAAAAUAAAUCCACUGUGAACAUAAAAACGUACUUUGCACGUCCAGUAAGAUCCAGUGUGUCAAAGUCUCAUGUAAAGAAGAGGUAGAGAUGAUGCAAAUGAAUGAUCCAAUCAGAUCCCCACCAAAUGAUACUGUUUUUGAGUCUGCGUGAGAAUCAUUGUGCGUUUUGCCAUCUUUCGAGUGACUUCUGUCUUGCUAUUAAACUUUCUUUAAAAGAAAGGCCAAAAAUCUUUUUAAUUAUGAAUAAAUUAUGUUUUUCUUAGUAGAACAAGAUUUUUAGAAAAAAGAUCAUGUUUUUUUUCCUCAAACGUUUUCUUUUCUAAAUAUUUGGAUCCAUUUCCUGAGUUUCCACUGGAGGGAAAAUGUGACCAGAAUGAAUUUUUUUUUUUUAUAUAUAUGAUUUUUGAUAUUGUUUGAAUUCAUCACUGAAACUUUCAUGGCGUCUUGUGAACAUUUGAACAACCCCUAGCCUUGGGGUUUAAAAUAAUGAACACUCCAAACUUUGCCUUAAAUCAAACUGUAAGCAGAGUAACUGCAACAUUUUGAGCGCGUGGCCAUUUCUGAUCGUAGCCUCGAGCCCCUUCACUAUAGCAUGUCUUACUAAUAUUCCAAACCAUUCUACUAAUAUCACACCAUUGACGUUCCUGAUUGUCCUUUUGGUUCUAUUCACAAGCAGCAGCUCCAAACCAGGAUGGACAAUCUGUGUGUGUAUGUAUACACGCACAUAUAUUUUAAAUCACGUGAAGUAAAACCGUGGUUGGAUAUUACUAUCAUCUCUGAAGACCACUGGAGAGGCCUCUGUAUUAAAGGACUCAACAAAUUCAUUUUACUUUUGCUAAAACUUUCAUCUUCAAACUGCUCUUACAAUCUAACACCUCACAAUCAUCCACCAACUUCACCUCCGAGCGUAUGGAGAUGUCUGUAGUUCAUCAUAGAGCACGACACGGCCUUAAAGACUUAGAAGAAGACAAAUGUUAGGACUGUGAAUCACGUAAAGACAUUAACACAUUACACUGAACCUGAUCCAUUGGACUAGCAUGGCAACCUUCAGUCGUUAGCAUUAAAUUAACAUGUUACCCAUAUAAGGCCGUGGCUUAUGUUCCCCACCCCCUGUAUUUAGUAAUAUAUACAUACAUGUGUGUGAGCCGUACUUUGGAUGCAAUGUUUCAUAUGCAGCGAGUGAAUAAUACAUGUCGACUUGAAGCCAGGUGUACGUAUGACAGGUGAUAUUUCAUAUCUGACUGAAGUGGUUUUUAAAAGGCAAAAAUCACGUCAUGAUUGAUGUACACGGAGCUUCCCCUCUUAUGUGCUACUGUGUUUCGAAUGCAAGAAGAUGUUUUGAAUACUGAGACGAAAUCGGUUGUGCUUUUGUCUUAAACUGACAGUUCUUGUUUAUUGGAGUUCACUGUUUAUAUAAAUUGCUUUUGGUAUACUGAAUGGGAUGUGUGGAUUGGAUAAUAAAGGUGGUACAUUUCUUACUCA